UUUAAAUAUAAAUUACAAUGAGUCAUUUAUCAGACGAAGAUGACGAGUUUCUUUACGGUAUUUCCGAAACAGAUAAAACCACAAACCCACAUUUAGACACAAAGAAUGAUGUUGAUGAUUUAUAUGAAUUGUAUGACGAGAAUGAUACCAAAGAUACCGAACAAAAGGAAGAAGACAGUACUGAGGAUCAGGGAGCAGAAAAAAUUGUGGAAGAAAACACUAAUCCCGACAUUGCAAUCCCUGAAGUUGAAGGCACAAUGGAAGUAGAAAAUGAAGAUAUUGAAGAAGACGAGGACGAAGACGAAGACAGUGACGACGAUCUUGAAAUUAUUUUAGAGCCUGAAGAGGAGGAACAAAAAGAACCUGAGGCUGAACAUAAGGAGGGUGAAGCAGUGGCAACAACUGAAGAAAAGGAUACACCUGUAAAUAUUAAACCCGGGCAACAAGGAAAACCAUCAUCUACACCUGCCGAUAGUGCAUCAUCUAAAACAAAUGUAGCAGGCGCAAAAUCAUCACAAGGUGGAAUUAACCUUGAACUUGUAGGCGAGUAUAAUGGUCAGCCUAUUACUGACGUCGACCUUGAUAAUGUGGAAGACAAGCCCUGGAGAAAGCCAGGCGCUGAUAUUACGGAUUAUUUCAAUUAUGGUUUCAACGAAAUUUCAUGGCGAUCGUAUUGUGCUAAACAAAAAAUGUUAAGGGAGAAUAAAAAGAUGAUGGGGGAUUUGGACAUGAAUGAUUUUAUGUCAAUGGGAAUGAUGAUGCCACCAAAUAUGAUGGAUGGUGGUAUGCCUAUGGCUAUGGCUGGUAUGCCAAACCCAAUGAUGGGGAUGCCUAUGGGAAUGCCUCCUCCGCAAUCCGGUGGCAAUCCCGCUAUGAGGAACAGGAAUGGUAACUUUAAUGCUAGAGGCUCAGGAAGAAAUAUGCCAAUGGGCAGAUCCAAAAAUCCUGAUGGCAAAGAAGGUGGCAGUGAAAUGAUGAAUCCGAUGGAUAGUAAUAUGCAAAUGGAUGAAGGUGGUAUGUUUGCAAUGGAAUUUCCCGGAGGACCUGGCGGUAUGCCAAUGAACAUGUUUCCUCCUGAUAUGCCAGGUGGACCUAUGGGCAUGCCUUUUUUCAAUCCAAAUAUGCCUGGUGUUCCAAUGGGAUUUGAUGGGGGUGAUUUUAGAGGCAAUAAUAGUCCUGGUAGGCCACCAAUGAGAGGCACUGGUCAUUUAAGUAGCAGAUCCCAAAUACCCCGUAGCAGCCACAGUAGUAGCCACGGUGGUAGCGGUGGACAUAGCAGCAGCCACGGUGGAAGUGGCGGACAUAGUAGCAGUCAUGGUGGAAGUGGCGGACAUAGUAGUAGCCAUGGUGGUGGUAGCAGUAGCAGGGAACAAUCUUCUAGUUGGAGAGGAAGAGAUGAUUCCAGUGAGCAUCGCUCAGACUCACGGAAAAGACAAAUGAAUAGUAGCAGUAGUAAUGAUAGAGAGUCAUCAUCAAACCAAGAUGAUCACUACAACAAAAGAUCUCGCAACCGUUAAUUUUUUUGUUAUUUAUUCGUUCGUUAAUAAAAUCUGUCUGUAUAUCUUUUUCUUUAUAAA